AUCACCGGUGGCGCCUCAGGCAUCGGCCUCGCCAUAGCCAAAACCCUCCACUCCCGAGGCGCCAAAAUCAGCAUCUGCGACUGGUCCCAAGAAAACCUCGACAAAGCUGCCGACGCCAUUGGCGUAUCACCCGAAGACUUCCUGGCGUGCAAAUGCGAUGUGCGAGAUCUGGCACAAGUCAAGUCCUGGAUCGAGCAGACAGUCGACAAGUUUGGGAGACUAGACGGAGCGGCCAACUUCGCUGGUGUUCUUGGAGCGAAGCCGUGGGAGGAUACGGUCGAGAAUCAAGAUGAGGAGGAUUGGGAGAGGGUUAUCGGGAUCAAUCUCACAGGCACCUUUAACUCCCUCAAAGCCCAACUCCUGCACCUCCCCCAAAACUCCUCAAUCGUAAACGCGGCCUCCCUCGCCGGGAUAAAAUCCGUCCCAGGCGCAACCGCCUACGUAGCCUCCAAACACGGCGUCGUGGGCCUAACCCGCGCCUGCGCCAGAGACUACGGGCCCAAAGGGAUCCGCGUCAACGCCGUCGCGCCAGGCUGGGUGGGAACGCAGAUGUACGAUGUCUUGAGUGCUGGACGGGAGGAUGUCGUGGAGAAGGCUGUCAAGACGGAGCCGAUUGGGAGGGUCGCGGACCCGGAGGAGGUGGCGAGGGUGGUGUGUUUCUUGUUGAGUGAGGAGGCGAGUUUUGUGACGGGGAGUGUGUGGAGUGUGGAUGGCGGUGUG